UUUGGAAAAUAAAUUACAUGCGAAUAAAAUAUAAAAAUUAAAUUUAUUGUUCAAACUUGUUACGAUUAUGUUUUACAACGUUGGUAUUCCUAAUAUAUUUUUGAUGGUACACUUUGACACGUUGAUGAUGUUUCAGUUGGACACAGAUGGUUUGAAAAGUGAAUGAUUAUAACCAGCCGAUAUAAAAUUAUCCUAAAGCAAAUGAACGAAUUUUGAAAAUAAUACAAAUUAAUUUCCGACAAUUAACAAGCAAUUAAAUAUAAAUAUUUUCACAAUGAAGCUGAAAAAUGUAGGAAAUAGAUUAAAAGAUGACACUUUAGAUUUAAGUUUGUGUGACCUGGAAGAAGUGCCUGUGGAAGAAAUUGCAAAUAUUAGGAAAGUGACUUAUUUAGACUUGUCUAAUAAUGUCUUAGUUGCAUUGCCUAAUAAUUUUAUCAUACUUAAACAAAUAUUGAAGUUAGACCUAAGUAAAAAUAUGUUAACCGAAAUUCCGGAAAAUUUUGGUGAAAUGACUCAAUUAAAAUAUUUAGAUCUAUAUGCUAAUCAGAUAAGCCGUUUACCAUUGAGCCUCAGUGAAUUGAAGAAUCUAAGGUGGUUGGAUUUAAAGGAAAAUCCAUUAACCCCAGCUGUUGCAAGCAUUGCUGGUCCAUGCAGUAAUGCUGAAGAAUGUAAAAAUUGUGCUCGUAAUGUUGUGGAAUAUUUAAGUAAUGUUAAACGUUCUGUAGAAGAGGAGAGAUUGCGAAGACUUAAUGCUAAGUCAAAAAAUGCUGAUGCCAGUAAGGAUAAUGGUACUUCAAAAAAAGAAUCCAAAAAGAAAAAAAAGAAAAAAAACGCAGACAAGGAAGUUGAAAAGAAUUUGAAUAAAAAUAAAUCUGAAAUGGAAUGUGAAGUAUCUCAAAAUCUAGAGGAUAAGACAGAUAAUUUAAAAGAAAUAAUAAACGAAGAAAAUAAAAAGAAUUACGCUUCUGCGGCAUUAUGUAGGAUACUUACUUCGCUAUUUCUAUGGAUUGUCAUAUUCGGUAUUGUCUUGGGUGCUUUGACAAUAAUUCUUCCCCUAUAUAAUAAAGAAUUAUCAUAUAAAAUAGUGGAUUAUAUAGAAAAGCAUACAGGUAUAUUUCUGAAAACUUAUCAAAGGUAUGGCACGGAAUUAUUACAAAAUAAGAGUCAGAUUCUAAUGAAAUGGAUGAAUCAUGCUUACAAAACUAUUAAUGAUAUUUACAAUAGUUACAAUUUAACAAAUAUUAUAUAAUAUCAUAUCUCUAUUAAUAAUACAUUGUAGUCUUUGUUUGUAAUAUCGUUAACCUGCACAUCAGAUACAUCUCACUAUCAAGAUAUAUUUUCCUAUGAAUUAUAUUUUCACGAAGAUUUAUUUGAAUUCAUGAUUCAUGAUCGUUUAUCUUAGAUUGGUACAUUAAAUUGUUAAUAUAUUUUUGAUACAUUAUUACUUUCAAACUGUUGCGAUGAUUUAUUUCACAAUAUAAUGGGAUAUUCAGUAAUAUUGUAAUUUAUUUUUUUGUUUUGUUCAUAUUAUAUCGAAUU